AUGCCAAGUGAUAAAUCUUGGAUUAGCAAACCACGAAACACACCUGAAUAUGCAGAUGGUCUAAGACAAUUUUUGGAUUUUGCUUUUGAGCACGGGUCAGUUGAUGGGCGCGUAAUUAAGUGUCCCUGUCCAAAAUGUGAUUUUAACAAGUGGCAAAGAAGAGAUGUAGUUGAAGAGCACCUGAUUCUUAAACCUUUCCCAAAAAACUAUAAUUUUUGGUAUUGGCAUGGUGAAGAAUCAAAUGCAACCGUGCAACAGACUUCUCAGAGCACCCAUAUCAUAGAAUAUAAUUUACAGCACCAAGAUCCAAUGGAAGUUAUGAUUAAUGAUGCGUUUGGGUUCACCAGGAACAAUGUCAACGAGCCUGGUGUGUCUUCUAAUCACAUAAAUAGAGAAGAAAUAUUUGAUGAAGGGCACGUUGAGGGGCAUAAUGAAGAUUAUAUAAAGUUUUAUGAAUUGGUCGAAGAUGGCAAUCAACCAUUAUACGAAGGGUGUACGAAGUAUUCCAAAUUGUCCUUUCUAAUCAAAAUGUAUCAUAUAAAGUGUCUUUGUCGAAUGACUGACAAGGCGAUGAGUAUGAUAUUAGAAUUGUUAAAAGAUGCCUUUGAUGCCAAGAUUCCUGGUUCUUUUUAUGAGGCCAAGAAAACCAUCAACAAACUUGGUCUUAAUUAUACCAAGAUACAUGCCUGCCCAAAUGAUUGUAUGUUAUAUUUUGGCGAAAAUGAAGGCUUGCAAGAAUGCAAAAGAUGCAAGUCAUCUAGGUGGAAGGAUAAUAAGAAGAAGCAGCCUGCAAAGAUAUUGCGCUACGUUCCACUAAAGCCAAGGUUGCAAAGAUUGUUCAUGUGCUCUAAAACUGCAGAGUCUAUGAGAUGGCAUUCUUUAGAGGAUCCUCGAAAUGUACGGCUAGGCCUAGCUAGUGACGGUUUCAAUCCUUUUGGAGCAAUGGAAACUAACUAUAGUAUCUGGCCAGUGGUACUUAUUCCAUACAACCGUCCUCCUUGGGAGUGCAUGAAACAAACUUCAUUCAUACUCUCAACGAUCAUUCCAGGGAAACAAAUGCCGGGCAAUGACAUAGAUGUGUAUUUACAACCUCUCAUCCAAGAGUUGAGGGAAUUGUGGUACGAUGGAGUGCAUACAUUAGAUUCUUCAAAGAAUGAAAUAUUUAAAAUGCGAGCAGCAUUGAUGUGGACAAUUAGUGAUUUUUCUGGGCUUGGUACAUUAUCUGGAUGGAAUACAUACACUUAG